GCUUGAAUAUCUGCCACUUCGUUGACGGUUUCCUGGCGAUACAUGGUCCUGGCAGGGACAGACAAGAAUCAGCCAAGAUCUGCUCACUGUUUGCCUUCCUCGGCAUCCCAAUCGCCUUUGAGAAGUCCACAACCUCAGUUACUGUAACGGAAUACAUUGGUGUGCUUAUAGAUAUCAGGGCCCGUACGGUUGGCCUUAGCGCACAUAAGUUGCGCUCGUACAAAUUGCUGUUGCACGCAUGGUGCUCUCGCACAACUGCAACCGCUCAUGACAUCGCCUCACUUGGCGGACGUCUCAUUUGGCUGUGUGCCAUAUUUCCACAAGCACGACCAUAA